AUGUCGCUCCCCCAAACUGCGGGCAUCAAGCGCCCCGCCGAGAUGGACACCGAGGCUACGCGCCGCAUGAUCGCCAAUCCAGCCAUGGCGGCGGCCGCGCGGAUGGCUGCGGGACAGGAACGCAAGCCGCGCGCACCCCUCCCUCCGCCGCACGUACUUGAAGCACUAGUACCCGACAGCCCAGCGUUCACCGAGCUGGUGCGCAUGGAGGCUAAACUGGACUGGACGUUGCUGCGGAAGAAGGCGGAGAUCAACGACGCGCUGGGCCGGAGCUCGCGGAUAAAGCGCGCUCUGCGCGUCUUCGUGAGCAACACCGCACACGACCAGGCGUGGCAGGAGGGAGGGAAGGAGGUGGACACCGACUCGGGGGCGGGCGUUGCCGGAUGGGUGCUUCGGAUAGAGGGGCGGAUGCUGGAUACGGGCAACAACCGCCUGGAUAAGACGAAGCGCAAGCUGUCAACGUUCCUGCGCUCGCUUGUCGUCGAGUUCGAUCACCGCGAGUCGCCUACAUUCCCGGAAGGAAACGUGGUCGAGUGGCACCCCCGCGCGGACCAGGCGCCGCUCGACGCGUUCGAGGUCCUCCGCCGCGGAGACACCAACGUCAAGUGCCGCAUUGUGAUGCACAUCGCCCACUCACCCGAGCGGUACAAGGUGCUCGCCCCGCUUUCGGAGCUGAUUAGCGUGCGCGAGGGAUCGCGGGCUGAGAUCAUGGCCGCCGUGUGGCAGUUCAUCAAGGCGGCCGGCGCGCAGGACAAGGAGGACUCGACGAUGGUGCGCCCCGUUGGCGGGCUCGAGAAGGUGUUCCCACACGGCUCGGAGGGCGUGCAGUUCCACCAGAUCCCCGAGCUCGUGACGCGCUGCCUCGCCCACCCGGAUCCAGUUGUGAUCCCAUACACAAUCCGCGUGGACAAGGAGGCCAACGUGAGCCCACAGUGCUUCGACAUCCCCAUCGAGAUCGAGGACCCGCUCAAGAGUCGCAUGGCUCAGAUUGUGCAACAGUUCGAGGGACCGACGGGGAGCGAGAUUGUCGCACUUGAGAACAAGGUGGGCGAGCUCGCGUACUUUGCUCGCGAUCUCAAGCAAAAGCGCGACUUCCUCGAGUCGUUUGCUGCCUCUCCACAUGCGUUCAUCCACAACUGGCUUGCCGCGCAGGCACGCGACCUCGACCAGAUGCUCGGGUACCAGAUCGGCGCGCCAGGUGCCAACGGCGCGAGCGUGCGCGAGGAGGACCUGCGCCGCAGCGACAUGUUUACGUUGCCAUGGGUCGACGAGGCCAUUACGGUGUACGAGCAGCAGCGGCGUAUGUAG